AUGUCCUCUCACGACGACUACGCCCCUAGAUCUCGUCGGGAUCCAGGCCUGACCUAUCCAGACGAGGAUGAUUAUCACAAACCUUCCAGACGUCCUCGCAAUGACCCGUCCCCCCUCCCAGCUGCCGAUGCGGCUCCAAGGCACAAACGAGAAAUCGAUCUUCGAGACCUUGAACCCAAGUCAAGAGAUGCCAGCCACGACAAGCGGUCAGGCAGGGACGAGCCGCCUCCCCGCUAUCGCGAUCAUCUAGUUGAUGACCCACCAAGAAAAUCAAACACAACCGCCAGACGCCGGAGUCCCUACGACGGCGACGACGACGACCACAAGCACAGCUCCCGUGACCCAGCCUACGGUCGGUCCAAGGGAUACCGCGAGCCCGUUCCCGAACCAGAACCCUAUGGCGACCGCGGAGACCCUCGAGCACGCACGAGCAGAAGGCAUGACGACCAUUCCGCCGAACUACCGCGACGCUCCAAGACCCAGCGCGACCCUGAUCGUCGUCCUCGAGACGAUCCAUACGAUGACGAUCGCCGCCGCCGCCAGCGCAGCGUCGAUGAUAGAUACGACAAUCGCGACAAGGGCUACAAAUCUGAUCGACGAAGAGACGAGGACAGAUACGAUGAUCGUAGACGUGGCGGCAGAGAUCGACGAGACGAGGGCUACGCUUCAGACCGUGGCUACAGACGCAGUGAUCGAGACCGGGAUCGGGAUCGGGAUCGGGGAGGCGACCGUCGGAGAGAUGACUAUGAUCGUCCGAGAGAUCGAGAUAGGGACAGGGAUAGGGACAGAGACAGAGACAGGCGAGACCACGACGACAAGGGCAAGAAAAAGAGUGGUUUCAAUAUCAACGAUCUUGUGGAGCUCGGCCAGAAGCAUUACAAGGACGUGGUCCCCUUGCUUCAAAAGGCCGGAAAGAUGUAUAUGGAUAGCAAGGGUGGGAAGUAA